AUGAGUUCCGAUGGUAAGGGGGAUGUUUCGUCCGAGGCAUCGCGCCGUCGCACUGCCCGCGGCUGGCGGCUCGAUCGAUCGCGCUGCGUUGCGCUCUUCUAUUAUUUAUUGCCGAAAAUAUGGCGGCGUGCUGUGUGCGGUCGUCAACCUCGUGCCCGCCACGCUAUGCCUCGUAAACAACACGGAAUGCAGCGCGGGAAACUGGUACCUCCCUUCCCUACCCUGCCCUGCACGCACGUCUUCCGUCCCCCUCGCACUAAUGGCUGGACACCGACUAUCAUGUGUUGCGUCUCCCUCGCACCAAUUUUGAAGUGA